AUGGAGGCCCACGCUGAUUACACGCCACGUGCUAGACCACAAGCUAACCGUAUUAAAGCUAGGUAUCAGGCAAAUAUGAUGUUCAAAGCUAUUUUGACUUCUUAUCUCCUGUUUGGGGCUGCGUAUGCGGUGCCUGCAGCUGUUGCUCCAGCCAGCGUGGAUGAUGCCCGUUGGGGUGGCGGUCGACGAUGGGGUGACAACAAGCCCGGUUCUUGGAACCCACGUGGUGCUCACUAUGACUGGCCAGUUGAUUGGAAUCCUCUUGGCUUCGUUGCGACAAUGGGCGUUGGAUCACCCAAGUUCGAGUACAAAGUCUUUGUUGACUGGACCUGGGUCAGCCAUAUCGUGACGACGCCCAAGUGCUAUGGGCAGUGGGACCCGAAGCUCUGCAUGCAUCCUGACCAAGUUUACUGGGAUCCUCGCAACUCGACAUCAUACAAGAAUUUGACCUCGCAGUAUGCCGGCCGCUCAUGGAAGCCAAAUCACUUUUUCAUGGAGGACCCCAUGAACAUUGAGUAUGGUGCGGAUUUGCUGCAUGUCGGGCCCGUCACCGGUGAGGCUGUCUUGCAGUUGACUGAUCUCCAGUUCAAUGUCUCUGCCAAAUAUGGAACACCAUUUCCCUUUACAGGCAUUUACGGCAUGUCGCCCAUCUUCCGUGGCGAUGACGGUAAGAUGAAUCCUACUAGCAUCGACUAUCAGUCCGCGUACUAUCAGCAAUGGAAGAAUGGCCACUGGAGAUCACCGCAAACCGGAUUCGUAUACUGCUAUGAAGAGUCUCGCAAGUCUGUUUGCAAUGGCCACGACGGCAUCCAAACCAUGGGUGGUAUUCGCAGUGAUCUCAUCGACCGCCGGAAGAUCUCGUGGUACGACGUGAAGCUGUACCCAGAUGUCAACUCGCUGGCGUUUGUAUAUGACCCUCCUGUGUACAACUACUGGGGAGUCGAGCUCGAGGGCCUCAGAAUUGGAAAUGAAGUCCAAAAAAUCGAGCCCACCUCCAACAGCUCUGGCAAAGCUGCCAUUUUCGACCACGCCAGCUAUGGACGUGGGACUCCCUUGAGUCCCAACGCGUACGACAGACUUAUCAAGAUGACCGGUGCAAAGCCCGUCGACCUCAAGGAGCCUCCCAACAACGGACCUCAGAAAUUCUUCUCUGUGAACUGCUCUAAGAUUAACUCUUUCCCCACGAUCAAGUACAAGUUCACGGGUAACAGCCGAGAGUGGGCCGUAACACCCAAGAUGUACGUCGAGAAAAUGAAGGACGGAUCUUGCGUGCUCAAUGUCAGAGCACUCGCCAGUGGCCCGUCCCGAAAUAAAUCGACAUUGCGUUUGCAGAUCAGGCGCCGGUGCGUGGGAAAUGGCUUAGUACUGUCUGGAACAGUUAUGGAGGCUGGAGACAUUAAGCUCUCACAGCCGCGAAAGGUAGAUCAAAUAGAGGUCGCGCGUUUCUCUUCUUCAACACACCGUCGUGGUCGCUCGGCUGAGAUGAUGGUGGUUUUGUUAGCCUAG